AUGAAGCGUAAGGAGACCAAGAAAACAAUGUUAGUGACUUCGUACACAAGAAAGCUCCCUCUCCCUCCUGGACCGAAAACCUGGCCAUUAAUCGGAAACCUACCGGAAAUAUUAGGGAGGAACAAACCGGUGUUCCGAUGGAUACAUUCUCUCAUGAAGGAACUCAACACAGAUAUUGCAUGUAUCCGUCUUGCGAAUACUUACGUGAUACCUGUGACAUCCCCGAGAAUUGCAAGGGAGAUUCUGAAGAAGCAAGACUCCAUUUUUGCCACUAGACCGCUAACAAUGGGCACGGAGUACUGCAGCCGCGGGUACUUGACCGUUGCGGUGGAGCCACAAGGAGAGCAGUGGAAGAAGAUGAGGAGAGUGGUGGCAUCCCAUGUGACGAGCAAGAAGAGCUUCACGUUGACGCUCCAAAAGAGAACCGAAGAGGCCGAUAACUUUGUCCGGUACAUCAAUAACCUCAGUGCCAAAAACCGUAAUGGUUUUGGGGUUAUUGAUCUAAGGCUUGUGGUUCGGCAGUACAGCGGAAAUGUAGCUCGGAAGAUGAUGUUUGGUGUAAGGCAUUUCGGUAAAGGAAGUGAAGACGGAUCGGGACCAGGCUUCGAAGAGAUUGAACAUGUUGAAUCUUUGUUUACGGUUUUAACCCAUCUUUACGCCUUUGCGUUGUCGGAUUAUGUCCCGUGGCUAAGGUUCUUGGACUUGGAAGGCCAUGAGAAGGUCGUGAGUGACGCAAUGAAGAAUGUAAGUAAGUAUAACGAUCCUUUUGUCGAUGAAAGACUCACGCAAUGGCGUAAUGGGAAACUGAAAGAACCUAAAGAUUUUCUGGACAUGUUCAUAAUGGCGAAAGACAGUGACGGGAAUCCUACUCUGUCGGAGGAAGAGAUCAAAGCACAAGUGACGGUAUGCAUAUUAAUUUAUCGACUUAUAUCUACCACAAUAUAUAUAGUGGACCGGACUUUUUAUAAGAAUAAGAAAGUUUCCACUUUACGUGGCCAAUGGUCUCUGACUUUGAUAAUGCUUGUUGUGGGUUUACAAGAGUAG